UCACACUUCACAAUGUAACACCUCAAUUGACCAAUUCAAGUCUUUUCUAAGACUUUUAUGCAACACUUGUUGUUUGAGUUGUCAUCAUUCUCAUUCUUCUUCAUCAUCUUUUACUCUUAGCUUAACAACAAUAACAUUAACAAUAUUACUCCUAAUUCAAACAUGGAAGAUGAUAAAGAAUCACAAUCACAAACACCACAACUCAAAAGUGUUGUUAUAAUUUCAAUUCCACCUUCAAAUAACCCUUCUUUAGGCAAAAAAAUCACUGCUUUUACUUUCUCUAACAACCCUUUUUCUCCUCAACAACAACCUCAAAACAAUGUUCCUCCAAUGUCUCCAAUCCAAUCCUACCCAUCAAAUCAUCAACUUCAAUUUUCAUCCACAAGAAGAUUUUUUCACACCACCCAAAUAAAGUUUUUCACUUUCUUUGGUAUUUUUCUCUUUGCCCUUUUUCUCUAUGGUUCUCUUUUCUCAACUAUAACAACAACCCUUGAACUAAGUGAACUCAAGAAUCAUCAUCAUGAUGGUGGUGAUGAUGAAUCUGAUGAACCUAGUUCCUUUUUAUUUCCUCUGUUUAAGAAAUAUGGUGUUGUUGGACAGAGGGAUUUGAAGCUUAUUGAUGUUAAAAAAGGGAACUUUGUGACACAAAAAAGUGGUGAUAGUGAUGGUAUUGCUUUUAGUUCUAGGGUUGUAGCUGUUGAUUCAUCAUCAUCCACCGUUUUUCCAAUCAGUGGCAAUGUUUAUCCAGAUGGGUUGUAUUACACACAUGUACGCGUUGGAAACCCUCCUAAGCGUUAUUUUGUUGAUGUGGAUACAGGGAGUGACUUAACUUGGAUUCAGUGUGAUGCUCCAUGUAGAAGUUGUGCUAAGGGAGCAAAUGUGCCGUACAAGCCAAUAAGAACAAAUAUAGUGCCAUCUUUAGACUCUCUAUGCUUGGAAGUUCAGAAGAAUCAAAAGAAUGGAUAUCAUGAAAGUUUCCAACAGUGUGACUAUGAAAUUCAAUAUGCAGAUCAUAGUUCUUCCAUGGGGGUUCUUAUUAGAGACGAGCUUCAUCUUAUGACUACUAAUGGAUCCAAAACCAAGUUAAAUUUUGUUUUCGGGUGUGGAUAUGAUCAAGAGGGUUUGCUUUUGAACACAUUGACAAAAACAGAUGGAAUCAUGGGACUGAGUAGGGCAAAAGUUGGAUUACCUUAUCAGUUGUCAAGUAAAGGGAUUAUUAAGAAUGUGGUUGGUCAUUGCUUAAGCAAUAAUGAUGGAGUUGGUGGUGGAUACAUGUUCUUAGGUGAUGAUUUUGUGCCUUAUUGGGGCAUGACUUGGGCUCCUAUGACUCAGAUUACAGAUUUAUACCAAACUGAGGUUCUUGGAAUAAAUUACGGUAAUCGACUACUCAGUUUUGAUGGACACAGCAAAGUAGGAAAUGUGGUUUUUGAUAGUGGCAGUUCUUAUACGUAUUUUCCAAAAGAGGCGUACCGUGAUCUUGUUGCUUCUCUUGAAGAAGUUUCUGGGCUAGGUCUCGUUGAAGAUGAUUCAGAUACAACUUUGCCAAUUUGCUGGCAAGCUAAUUUCCCAAUCAGAUCUGUCAAAGACGUCAAGGAUUACUUCAAGACCUUAACUCUUCGAUUCGGAAACAAAUGGUGGAUUUUGUCGACAUUGUUUCAUAUACCGCCGGAGGGUUACUUGAUCAUUAGUAACAAAGGCAAUGUGUGCUUAGCUAUCCUUGAUGGUAGCAAUGUAAAUGAUGGAUCCUCAAUUAUACUUGGAGACAUUUCAUUGCGAGGAUAUUUGGUUGUGUAUGACAAUGUGAACAAGAAUAUUGGUUGGGAGAGAACUAAAUGUGGCAUGCCAAACAGAAUAUUGAAAAAGAAUUACAAUUUCUUCAGUGAUAAUAUGCUAUGAUUCUCACAAAAUUGUUCUCUCACAAGAUUCUAAAUCUUGUAUUAUUUUGAUAAUUUUUCAUCCUAAAAUCUUAGAUAUUCAGGAGUAAAUUAUAGUAUAUAUGUACAGUAUAGCCAAAAUAUAUUUGGACUAAUAAUGAAUAGAUAACUUUUUAUACCACUAACUAUAUGAUGUGUCUAAUGUCUAUUAUGUAUAAACAAAAUAGUUAAAAUUACUAAGCAUCUCUAAUUGAUCUACACUUGGAAUUA